AGAUGGACCACACAUCCCCGACCUACAUGCUUGCUAACUUAACCCACUUACAUUCUGAGCAACUUCUGCAGGGCUUGAAUCUUCUUCGUCAGCAUCAUGAACUCUGUGACAUCAUUCUUCGAGUAGGUGACGUUAAAAUUCAUGCUCACAAAGUGGUACUUGCCAGCAUCAGCCCAUAUUUCAAAGCUAUGUUCACUGGAAACCUUUCUGAAAAAGAGAACAGUGAAGUUGAGUUUCAGUGCAUUGAUGAAACUGCUCUCCAGGCCAUUGUGGAAUAUGCCUAUACAGGGACUGUUUUUAUUUCUCAGGACACAGUUGAAUCUCUUCUUCCAGCAGCAAAUCUACUCCAGAUAAAACUUGUCCUGAAAGAAUGUUGUGCUUUUCUUGAAAGCCAGCUUGAUCCUGGUAAUUGUAUUGGAAUUUCUCGUUUUGCAGAGACAUAUGGUUGUCAUGACCUUUAUUUGGCAGCCACUAAGUAUAUAUGCCAGAAUUUUGAAGCUGUUUGCCAGACUGAAGAGUUUUUUGAACUAACACAUGCUGAUUUGGAUGAAAUUGUUUCUAAUGACUGUUUGAAUGUAGCUACUGAAGAGACUGUUUUUUAUGCACUCGAGUCUUGGAUUAAAUAUGAUGUACAAGAACGCCAGAAAUACUUAGCACAGCUACUUAAUAGCGUGCGAUUACCAUUGCUGAGUGUUAAGUUUCUUACCAGACUGUAUGAAGCUAAUCAUCUUAUUCGUGAUGAUCGUACUUGUAAACAUCUUUUGAAUGAAGCCCUAAAGUACCACUUUAUGCCUGAACAUAGACUCUCUCAUCAGACAGUCUUGAUGACACGACCUCGCUGUGCUCCUAAAGUACUUUGUGCAGUUGGAGGAAAAUCUGGACUGUUUGCCUCUUUGGAUAGUGUGGAGAUGUAUUUUCCUCAGAAUGAUUCUUGGAUUGGUUUGGCACCCCUAAACAUUCCUCGCUAUGAAUUUGGAAUAUGCGUUUUAGACCAAAAAGUAUAUGUUAUAGGCGGUAUUGAAACUAACGUGCGUCCUGGCGUCACUGUCAGAAAACAUGAAAAUUCAGUAGAAUGCUGGAAUCCUGAUACAAAUACCUGGACUUCUCUAGAGAGAAUGAAUGAGAGCCGAAGUACCCUUGGAGUGGUAGUGCUUGCAGGAGAACUUUAUGCUUUAGGUGGUUAUGAUGGACAGACUUACUUACAAUCUGUAGAAAAGUAUAUUCCCAAAAUAAGAAAAUGGCAACCUGUGGCACCAAUGACUACAACAAGAAGUUGUUUUGCUGCAGCUGUGUUGGAUGGAAUGAUAUAUGCCAUUGGUGGGUAUGGUCCUGCCCACAUGAACAGUGUGGAGCGUUAUGAUCCAAGUAAGGACUCCUGGGAAAUGGUUGCAUCUAUGGCAGAUAAAAGGAUUCACUUUGGUGUGGGUGUCAUGCUGGGCUUUAUUUUUGUGGUGGGUGGACAUAAUGGUGUCUCACAUUUGUCAAGCAUUGAAAGAUAUGACCCUCAUCAAAAUCAGUGGACUGUGUGCAGACCAAUGAAGGAACCCAGAACAGGAGUUGGUGCUGCAGUAAUUGAUAACUACCUUUAUGUAGUCGGUGGUCACUCAGGGUCAUCCUAUCUCAACACCGUGCAGAAAUAUGACCCUAUCUCAGAUGUCUGGCUGGAUUCAGCUGGCAUGAUAUACUGUCGCUGUAAUUUUGGAUUAACUGCACUUUGACAAGUGUGAACUUAUGGAAAUGGCGUGGUGGUGAAACUUGUGCCGUGUGAAAAGAUGAUGACCGGUUUUCAGAGACCCAAAAGCUGUAUUGCUUUCUUUAACUUGAAGUGACAUGAAGACUUAAAAUUUUGUUGAGUACUUUGAAUUGACAAGUAGCUUUGGUUGCUCUUGAUUACACAGUAAAUCAAUAAUCAAAAACAAAAAGGUAGGACCUUGGCAAUUCACUUUUUUUCCCCUGAAACUGGGAUACAGUGGUUUAUGUGUAUAAGUGUACAUGUGGUGAAAACCUUGCUACGACUUCUUUUUUAUUUGUUUCUUUUAAACUUCAGCUGUCUUCUUCCUUGAUAUGCACCAUGAUUUGCUAGGAUGAGAGAUGCUUAGAUGUGUGAGUAUACUGAAUGACUGGACAGAGUAUUGAUACUGACUGUUGGGUAUACAUUCAUGUGCUUCAAGUUCUUUUAAACAAAUAAAGGGCUGCUUUUUCUUUUGGUACUUUUAAGGAUUGUAAAUGACAAGACAUUGUGAGUCAUCUGGAUAC